AUGGGGAAACAAUUGACGGACCAAAUACUGGAUUAUUUGGAAGAGCACGGCAAAGUGAAUUCCCUUCGAUUGUCCGAAAUUUUUCAAGAGAAUCAUCAAAAAGUGAUUGGUGCUAUCAAAAGUCUGGAAGCAGUGGGCGAUCUGAUCGCUACUGAACAAAUUACUGACAAGAAGUGGGAAUUAACGUCGGAAGGCCAGCACGUAUUGAGUCAUGGUAGCCACGAAGCAGCAGUUUACAAUGCUGUCCCAGAAACUGGUGUACCUCAGCCUGAAAUCAUGCAGUCGGUUCCAUAUGCGAAAAUCGGAUUUUCCAAGGCACUGCAGGCCGGUUGGAUAGCAAUCGAUAAGAGCUCUGGUACACCUAUAGUGAGGAAGAAAGUUGGUUCUAUAACGGAUGUUACGCAGAACGAUUUAAAAAGCCUUGGACACUUGUCUGACCGCCUUAGAAAUGAUUACAAGAAAAGAAAAUUGAUACAAGAAAUAGUCGUUAAAUACGUACAGCUGGACAGGGGUCCGAGUUUUACGACGAAACUCGAAAAGCAGGAGACAGAAUUGACCGCGGAUUUAUUAGUGAACGGGGCAUGGAAAGAUAAAAAGUUUAAGCCGUAUAACUUUGCAGCUCGCGGUGCCACUCUUGAAGUGGGUCACUUGCAUCCGCUGCUAAAAGUUAGAACCGAAUUUCGGAAGAUCUUUCUUGAAAUGGGAUUCACCGAGAUGCCGACGAACAAUUUCGUAGAGAGUUCUUUCUGGAAUUUCGAUGCGUUGUUUCAACCUCAGCAGCAUCCAGCAAGAGACGCGCACGAUACUUUUUUCAUAUCUGAUCCGGCUAGAAGCACGAACUUUCCAAUGGACUACCUGGAGAAGGUGAAAAAGGUUCAUAGCGUCGGAGCGUAUGGAUCGUUGGGCUAUCGUUAUGAAUGGAGGAUCGAAGAGGCGCAGAAGAACAUUCUUCGCACUCAUACGACCGCUGUCAGCGCGCGAAUGCUUUACGAACUUAUGCAACAAGGUGAAUUCAAGCCCGUGAAAUACUUUAGUAUCGACCGAGUGUUUCGCAAUGAGACUUUGGAUGCCACGCAUCUAGCCGAAUUUCACCAAAUCGAAGGUGUAGUCGCUGACUACGAUCUGACGUUGGGCGACUUGAUAGGAAUUUUAUACGAGUUCUUCAAGAAGCUUGGUAUAACGAAGCUUCGGUUCAAGCCCGCGUACAAUCCGUACACCGAGCCGAGUAUGGAGAUCUUUUGUUACCACGAGGGGUUGAAGAAGUGGAUAGAAAUAGGUAACAGCGGAAUGUUUCGGCCGGAAAUGUUGUUGCCGAUGGGAUUACCGGAAAACGUGAACGUGAUAGCUUGGGGAUUGUCUUUGGAAAGGCCAACCAUGAUCAAAUAUGGACUGAACAAUAUACGAGAUUUGGUUGGACCACGAGUGGAUCUGGAAAUGGUCUAUAAUAAUCCUAUUUGUCGCUUAAACAAGUGUACUCCUAACAGGACGAGUCCUAAUUCUCCUCGUAAAAAGGAGCUCGCAAGAGAAAAACGUGAAUCGGACGAACGCGAAAAUAAAUUUUGUACGGUCAAACGCACCGGGCAAGUGGAGAAGCAAAAGUUGAUCGUGUUUUGCGAUCCAAAACAUCCGGUGAAAUUUAUAGAACAGUUCGUACGUCACGUAAAGCCGUACGUCAAUAUUCACGUGACGUCUCAUGUUCAUUGCAACGUGCGAUAUUUUCCCCGGGGCAUGUCGAAUUUUUGCGCGGAGUAUCGGGACCUAGAUCAAAAUGCUGACAUACGGUUAACGAUAAUUUGGAAGGAAAUCGGUAUCGAUCCUAUAAUGCAGUUGCCAGGGAUGCACGAAAUAAUGGGCGAGGUGAAUAUAGCACGAUAUCUGAAUCGUUUAAUCGAACAUUGUUAUCCGCACCUGUUGCGUUACGAGAGCAAGGGCGCGUUGUACGCGAACGAAAUCGACAAUUAUCUGGAAAUGCUGCACAGUUUUUUGCACGAUAACACGUGCCAAGGUAUACAUAAAAAAUCACGUUACGCGAUGGGCGAGGAUAUCUCCAUCGUUGACAUCUUACUGGAAUCCUUGGAGAAAUGUAAGUCACGGAACGAACGCGACGACUGAAUUUUAACAUUUAAUUUCGAUUAAAUUAAACCUCCUGAAUCAUA